CGUGGACCAUCCUGUCAGAAAUACACACAAACACACACACAUGACCUGAGAGAGUCCACAAACACCCCCUCACAAAUUUCCACUCAGGACAUAAGGAGCUGAAUGUGGAGCGAGCAUGACCGCAGAAGAGUUCACGGUGGAGGCAGUGGAGAGGGCUCUUCAGCAGCUCUACUAUGAUCCUGAUAUGGGGAAGAAAAAUGUGGCCCAGAAGUGGCUCUCAGAAGCCCAGGCAUCACCGCAAGCUUGGCAAUUCUGCUGGGAUUUGCUCCGGCCAGAAAAAGUUCCUGAGAUCCAGUUCUUCGGGGCAAGCACAUUACACGCCAAAAUCUCCCGGCAUUGGUCUGAGCUCCCAGCUGGCCAGUUAGACUCUCUGCGGUCGCAGCUUAUCGCUCAGGUUGGCCAGUUUGCAUCGGGGCCCAAGAUGGUGCUGACCCGACUCUGUGUUGCUCUAGCCUCUCUGGUCCUGCACAUCCUACCAGAAACAUGGCCAACGGCAGUCCCAGAUCUUUUGUGUGCCUUCCAGACAGGAGAGGGUGACGGUCCGAGCCGAUGCCUGGCACUUCUGGAACUGCUGGCCAUCCUGCCUGAGGAGCUCCAGAGCAGUAGGGUCGCCAGCUCUCGCCGGUCCCAGCUGAGGAGCGCUCUGGCUGCACACUGGAGCUCCGUCUGCCCCCUGCUCCAGCAGUUACUCCAGCAGCCGAAUGCUCCUGGUCGGGUCAGGGAGCGGGUGUUAAGGUGCGUGUCAUCCUGGAUUACACUGGACGUCUGUUUACAGGACAGUGAGGGGCUUCUGGAGAGCUGCUUCAGUUUGCUAAAGGAGUCAGAGAUCUUUGAUGCAGCUGUAGAAACCAUCGUCUCCAUCAUCUCACAGCCCGACUGUCAGAGGUUUGUGGACAGUCUGCUGAAGGUUGUUCCUCAGGUUCUGGCUCUUCAGGAGCAGCUGAAGAAAGCGGUGCAGGAUGGAGACAUGGAGACGUCACAUGGAAUCUGUCGCAUUGCUGUAGCUCUGGGAGAAACGCACUGCAGGACUCUUUUGGAGCAGGUGGACCACUGGCAGGGCUUUCAGGCUCUAGUGAGCAUGAUUAUGUCCUGCACUGCUACACCUGGACACUAUCCAGUGGACGAGACCUCCAGCUCCCUAACGCUCACAUUCUGGUACACCCUACAGGAUGAUAUAACAUCACUGGAUGCUGAAAGGCAGACGCUGUACCUGCAGAUCUACAGGCCGCUGUACUUCCAGCUGGUGGAUGUUCUGCUGCAGAAAGCCUGUUUUCCCAGAGAUGAGGAUUUUACCACAUGGUCUGCGGACGACAAAGAGCAGUUUAGGACCUACAGGGUUGACAUCUCGGAUACUCUGAUGUAUAUAUAUGAGCUGCUGGGCCCAGAGCUCCUCAGAAACCUGUACGAUAAACUAGGCACACUGCUGACGGACUCAACACGCCCGUCUUCAUGGCAAGAUAUAGAGGCUCUGCUGUUUGGAUUUCAGUCCAUCGCUGAGACCGUAGAUGUCAGCUACUCUGACGUCAUUCCAGGACUGAUCGGAUUGAUUCCUCUGAUCACAGCAACCAGCAUUCAACUGGCCGAGACUAUCAUGUUCACCAUAGGCUCGUUGGCCGAGUGGUUGUCUGAUCAUUCGCUCAUGUUAGUGAAUGUCCUGCCGGUGGUCCUGCAGGGUCUUUCAAACCCAGAUCUGUCCGUGGCUUGUGUCUCAGCUCUGAAGAGAAUCUGCAGGGAGUGUCGACAUGACCUCCACCUUCACACUAGUGACAUCAUGGCCGUGUCACAGGUGGUGCUCGUCAAAGACAUCCAUAAAAGUCCUCAGUGCAUGUGGAUAAUGCAGGCUCUGGGUUUCCUGCUCUCGGCCCUGCCCCGUGAAGAGAUUCUGGGGAAGCUGCUCUCUCUGGUCACCCCUCACAUCCAACAGCUGGAGAAACUGGCCAGUGAACCGCCCAGCUCUGCUAAUAAACUUCCUAUUGUUCACAUCCUUGGCCUGCUUUCCAAUCUCUUCAGCACAUUUGACCUAAACAAGCAAAGUGAACGACUGGAGGUGAUGAGGCAUGUCCAAGCACAGCCACUCGACAACAACCCGGUCGUGGCUGUCCUGCAGCAGGCCUUCCCUCUGAUCCAGACUGUCCUCAACAAGUGGUUAAGUGAUCCUGAAGUGGUGGAGGCGGUGUGUGCUGUAUUUGAGAAGUCACUGAAGUCUCUUAUUCAGGAUUUUGCACCACUAGUGACUCAGCUCUGCGAGCUCAUUGGACAGAUGUUUAGCGCUUACCCACAAGCCUCAGCUUUAGACCUCACACGACAGUUAGUUCAUAUAUUUGCCUGUGAGAAGGAUAUCUUUUCUCCAAUCACUGCUCUUUUAGAGCUGAUUACCAACAUCACCAUGUCCGUUUUUCAGCUUGGCUCUAGAGAUCAUCCAGAUGUGGUGGAGUCAUUCAUGCAGCUUCACACUCAGGUUUUGAAAAGAAAGUCUGACCUUUAUCUUUCAGGCCAUCUUGAUAUCAAAGCUGUCUUUUACUGUGGAAUCUUAUCGUUCAAAUUUCCUGAAACUCCAACACUGAAAGCAACCUGCCUGCUGUUUACGGAGCUGAUCUCUCAUUAUGAAGAGCUUCAUACAGUCAGAGAUGUGCUACAGGAGGAUGGCAAACUGCUCCUGCAGACCCUGCUGGAGGCCAUCGGAGGUCAGAGUCCUCGCAGUCUGGCGGAGCUUUUAGCAGAGGUCUUAUUCUCAGUGAGCAGAAACUGUCCCAGUGUUCUGACUCUGUGGCUCAGAGACGCUCUUCUGCCCCCUGGUUUCCCUAGCUCACAUCUCACUGCUGAACACAAAGAGCACUUCUGUCAGCAGAUCCUCAGGGAACAAGUAAGCAGGCGACGAAUGAAGGACAUUGUGAAAGAGUUUGCUCUGUUGAGUCGAGGACUACAGGGGACUGAAUAUGCAGCAAACUACUGA